AUUCGGACGACAAGCCCCUGACAACAGUUGGCGCACUCUCGUACGUGAGCAUGUGCAAUUAACUUUAAGCAGUCGUCACUCUCCAGGACAUCCGUGGCCCAAGUUCACCAAUUCAGUUCACAUUCGACUGCGCAACAGUCCGCUGGAGAGCGCCAGCUUGCCACCAGCUGCAGCAGUGGUACUCUUGACCACUCCACUUGCAUAAUUCAGGCGGCUUGCAUUCCCAGCAGGCGUAAACUGCUUCUGGCCACCACUUGCUCUCGCCGACAACCCAAAAUGGCCGCACAUGGCCUCAUGCAGCGCGCCGCUGGAGCCCUGACGUCGGCCAGACCCUCAUUUUGCGCUGGACUGGGGCGCGUCGUGCGCCCUUCACUGGUGACCAAGUCUCCUGUCGCCGUCAGCGAUUCGCAUGGACUCAACGGCGCGACCGUCGCGACCGACGGCAAGCCCCACUCAAACGGCUACUCCUUCCACACAUCGUCACCUUUCAUCUUCGGGAGCCCAUCGGCGGAGGACCUGGACGUCUUCAAGCGCGAAGCUGCCGGCCACAGCGCCCGCGACGACCACUCGCCAGUCAGCUUCUCCACGUCCGCCUCCAGCUCAGCUUCAAGCACCCAUGCCUCGGGCCCCGCGUCCACCUCCACCUCCGCCCCCGAGCGCCCCAAGCACAAGUACCCUCGCGUGCUGCUGAAGAUUAGCGGCGAGGCGCUGCAGGGAAAGAACCAGGGCGGCAUCGACCCCACCGUGCUUAACCUGGUGGCGGAGGAGAUUGCUGAGGCGCACCAUGCGGGGCUGGAGCUGGCGGUAGUGGUGGGCGGCGGUAACUUCUUCCGCGGCUGCACCGCGCCCAAGGGCAUGGACCGGGCGCAGGCGGACUACGUAGGCAUGCUGGCCACAGUCAUGAACGCCAUCCUGCUGCAGGGUGCGCUGGAGUCCCUGGGCGUGGAGACGCGUGUCCAAACGGCGAUUGAGAUGCGCGAGGUGGCAGAGCCGUACAUCCGGCGCCGCGCCAUCCGGCACUUGCAGGAGCGCCGCGUGGUCAUCUUUGGCGCCGGCACCGGCAACCCCUUCUUCACAACCGACACGGCGGCGGCGCUGCGGGCGGCGGAGAUGAACGCGGACGUGUUCAUGAAGGCGACUAAGGUGGACGGCGUGUACGACUGCGACCCCAUGAAGAACAGCCACGCCAAGAAGUACGACAAGCUGUCGUACCGGCAGGUGUCGCUGGAUGGUCUGGAGGUGAUGGACGAGACGGCCAUCACGCUGUGCAAGGAGAACAACAUCCCCGUGCUCGUAUUCAACGUCAUGGAGCGCGGCAACGUGCUGAGGGCAGCGCAGGGCCACAGCGUGGGCACUGUGGUGGAGGGAUUCUAAGCAGCCAGGCGCGAGAGCUGGAGCAGCAGCUGGAGUGGUCAGGAGUAGCAGCUGGAGCGGCCAGGAGCGGUGGCUGGACCUGCGUCGGGGGCAACAAUGUGUGGAUAAACAUCCUUCGGCGGAAAGAGUGGAAGUUGUAGAGGCCGCGGUUCCGUUGGCGGAGGUGGUAGAGCGCGGCUUCGAUGCCCUGUCCGCUAGUUCGGGUCACGGCCAGGGCGUCAUGCGCUGUUGGGGCGCGGCGUCAUGGCGGCGUCAUGCGCAGUUGGGGCGCACGGACAGGGAUGGGGAGGUCUCCUGCGCAUGCAGCAAGCGGCAAAGCUGCGGCUCGUGUGUGGGAGCGCGUGUGCGUGUACCGGUAUGUUGUGCCAGCACAUUGACGUGCCGCCAGCACUCAGACCGGGGAGCGCUCCUGUGACCCUGUGAGUGCUGAAUGCGAGAGCCCGCUUGUGAGUGCGAGCCGGAGAGCAGGCAGACCACAUUUUGAAGAUAUACUCCGGACUGUCAUGGCUCGAGGGGCUCUAGCCGGCUGUCCUUGCAAGCAGCUGCAUGCUUGCGAGGAUGCUUAAUGGGCCUGGUCAACGUUGAGAUUUUACGGCUAGGUGACGAUGGCAGGAGGUGUAGGCAUACUAGGGAAGGAUUGCAUCGAGUUUGUGCGUGUACGGCGGCACAAAUCGCAUCCAAAUGCCGAACAGCUAGGCUUGCGGAUGCUGUGCGUUGGAAUCUAGCUGUUUGGGGGCUCUGUGCGGUGCGGACCUCUUACUCGGCGGGUUUGCACUGUGGGCGCGUCUGAUACUGUUUGCGUUCAGGUGGUGGCAAUUGGCAUAGUACGCAGCAUUUGGACAAAAAACGCAAGCCAUGCUGUGCUUUAGUCGUAUGCUUUUCAAGGCGCAACAACGGGCUUCUCAUGGCGCAUUUGUGCGUCCUGCCAGUGCUGAGCGUUGCUGGGUUGGUGUGUUGCGAGCCAUGUAUGGGGUGCCCCCUACAGUGUCCCCAAACGAGUUUGAGGCACGGGGCUGGAUAGUGGUGCAACCGGUCAUCAAGCAUCACAAGCUCAUCUGAUUUUGUUCGAUAUUUUGCAUGCGCUGUGGUAAGUAGUGUAAAUGCCUGCCUUUCGUGUUCUUCGGCACCAUGGACAUCAUCUCGGGCCCCGACAGUCAGCAAGGGUGUAUGGCGACUCUGCUCCAACACCGUGCCACAGGGUCCCGUGCCCCGCUAAGACGCCGGCACGCUAAUUGUACAGCCUGUACUGUAAUGUUGUUGUGCU